AUGAAGCGCUACAUCUUCCGCCGCACAGUGGAGGGAAUCCACAUCAUUCACCUGGGGAAGGCCUGGGAGAAAUUGAUGGUGGCGGCAAGGAUGAUUGUGGCAAUUGAGAACCCUGGGGACAUCAUUGUGGCUUCCCAGCGACCCUAUGGCUCUCGUGCUGUGUUGAAGUUCUCCCAGUACACCGGCGCCAAUCCCCUGGCCGGACGCUGGACGCCGGGAACGCUGACGAACCAGAUCACGCAGAAGUACUUGGAGCCUCGUCUUCUGAUCGUCACAGAUCCACGGACCGAUAGCCAAGCCAUCAAGGAGGCCUCCUAUGCGAGCAUCCCUGUGAUUGCUCUUUGUGAUACAGACUCUCCGUUGGAGAAUGUGGACGUGGCAAUUCCGGCAAACAACAAGGGUUGGGCGCUCAAGGUGCAGACAUCUUGGGGUGGAGUCGCACAUCCCUUCCUUUCCAAGCGGUUUUAA